AUGGCUGCAACUGAGUUCGCGCCGGCGCGCUUCCUGCAGCACGCAACAAGCACGCAGAGGGCCCCGUCGCAGGUCCAGGAUCAGCAUCAGAAACAGGACUGGCGCACGAAGCCUGCACUGGUAAUCCUUAACCAGCCUGUCGAGAGCCUGGACCUACUGCAGCGCCUGUGGGCACACACGGGCUACCGCCUCUGCGCCGACGGCGGCGCCAACCGGCUGUACGAUAUCUUUGCCGGCCUUGACGACGCCGAGGAGCAGAGAAGAAAGUUUCUUCCGUCCGUUAUCCACGGCGAUCUUGAUUCGAUCAACCCCGACGUACGCGCCUACUACGAAACCCUCGGCGUGCCCGUUACACGCGAGCGCGACCAAGAAUGCACCGACUUCGGCAAGGCCAUCCGGAAAAUCGCCAGCGUCACCAAGAUUACGACCGACGACGUCAGCAGCGCCUCGGAAGCCGACGAUGCCAGCAGCAGCAGCAGCUACCGCGAGAUUCUCGUCAUCUGCACGCUGGCCGGCCGCGUCGAUCAGGGUCUACGCCUGGUGUACGACCUGCUGCAGAUUCAGCGGGCCGCCCGCUCGCCUACGCGCCUCUGGCUCUUCUCCGAGGCCAGCGUAUCGUGGGUGCUACCGCCCGGCGAGAGCCGCAUCGUGCUCGACGGCAGCAGCGGCGUCGGCGGCAAGUACUUCACCGCGAACGUGGGCAUCCUACCCGCCUACGGCCCUGCCGUCAUCUCGACUACCGGGCUCGAGUGGGAUGUCACCGACUGGCCGACGAGCGUUCAUGGCGCCCUCAGCACCAGCAAUCACGUCAAGAGUAAGAUUGUAACGGUCAAGACGGACGUAGAUGUCUUAUUUACGAUAGAGCUGGCCGACUCUCUACCCUGA